GAUGGUGAAACUCUACUACAUUGUGCCAGUGAAUCUGAUGAAGUUGAAAUGCUUGAAUUUUGGAUCAAGAGAGGAGAUUAUGAUGUGAAUGUUAAAAAUAAAAGGAAUAGAACUCCAUUGUUUAAUGCUCUUGAUAAGUAUAGAUGUAGUAUUGAAGCUGUUGAUAUUUUAUUAACUAAUGGGGCUAGAACGGAUGUUGUGGAUACAGAUGAUGAUAGCACUCCAUUACACACUGCUAGUGAAAAUGGUAACAGUAAAAUUAUUGAAUUAUUAAUAACUAAAGGAAAGGCUGAUGUGAAUGCUAUGGAUGAGGAUGGUGAAACUCUACUACAUUGUGCCAGUGAAUCUGAUGAAGUUGAAAUGCUUGAAUUUUGGAUCAAGAGAGGAGAUUAUGAUGUGAAUGUUAAAAAUAAAAGGAAUAGAACUCCAUUGUUUAAUGCUCUUGAUAA